AUGGUGACAAGGGAACAAUGCUCUCGAGUAUGCGCUGACCUAGCUCCGACCCUUGUGUUGUUGAAUAUAGGUGCUGGCGGCGUCACGUCCGACCUGAGCGCCGAUGAGGCCACCGAGCUGGGAUUUAAGAUUGUUAUCUUUCCUGCUGUGGCUUUGGGUCCGGUGUAUGAAGAAGUGCGGAGGGCCGUUCAAAAUCCCAAGAAGACCAGAAUGGCUGAGGUCAGUGAGUUGCAACGUACUGGAGGAGUCGAGACAAUGUUCAACGUGUGUGGGUUGGCAGAAUGUAUGGAAUUUGACCAUAAACGUGGUGGGACAUCUUUCACAAAUGGUGCUUGA